AAUAAAUGAUAUGAAAAAUAAAUAAUCUUUGCUAAAUUGAAUCUAGAAAUAUUGAUUUAUUUUGUAUUUAAUGUGUUAUUUUUGAUCUGCGUGUUUUUAUUCUUCCAAAAGUGUUAGAUUAAGUUUUAAUGGAUGGUGAUUUUUAUGGAUUAGAUAGAUUCAAACUUCACAGGUAGCUGAAGACUCUGUUUUCUUUUUUUUUUUUUUUUUUGAGUAGUUUUUACGUUGCUUCCUUGCUUGUUGAUGUUUUUUAGAGUCAGACUUUUUUUUGAGUGGUUUUUACUUGCUUUCUUGCUUGUUGAUGUUUCUUCGAGUAAGACUGUUUUUUGAGUAGUUUUGACUUUGCUUUCUUGUCUAUUGAUGUUUUUUAGAAUAAGACCUUUUUUUUAGUGGUUAUUAUUUGCUUUCUUGCUCGUUGAUGUUUUCUAGAGUAAGACUCAAUUAAAUCAUAGCUAAAGCACGCAUUAGUUUUAGUUGGCAUAAAAUGAAUCAAAGAAAGUCACAACGUGGGCAAACUUGGACGUCCAUUAGGCUUUCUUUUAAAUAUGUUAUGGAUAGAUAAGUACAUCAUUAGAGUAAAAACAAAUGGAGUAUACUGACAAAGCAAAAAAAGCCAUCGCUGCCUCCCCAGCCAUUUUAUUCCUUUAACUGGCCAACUAAUUCUUCUAGAAACACAAAUAACCACUUCGAUUAUUUCAACCCUUCUACCUGCUCCUUGUUUUCUCCAGUCUCCGUCUCGGAAGGCAGAGCGCUCUCCGUGUCUUGCCAUGAAGAUGAAAAAAUGCAUUGCCCCUACUAUUUUCUUGCUAAACCUCGUCAACUACUUCAAGUUCUUGUUCAAAGAGGCAUUCACUCAUCUGGGUCUGCUCAAGCCACAACCAGAACUAGAAGAAGAUUACUAUUCUGCUACUUAUGGUAACGCUUAUGUUCUAUUGAUGGACGGUCGAUCUGGCUCCCUAGUUCCGGUACCAAUCCAAGUUGUAACAGCAAUGAUUAAGAAGAACCUACCGGUCCUUGAGUAUGGCACCUUCAUCGGAAGAUUUGGAGAUGAUGAGCAAGUGGAGAACAAGACGGUUUGCACUGUGUGCUUGGAUUCUAUGGAGAAAAGUGAUGAGAUCAGAGUGCUUUGCAAGUGUUGUCACGUGUUUCACAAGGAAUGCCUUGAUACAUGGGUAAAUGAGGGUCAGGUUACUUGUCCUUUGUGUAGAUCCACGUUGUAUCCAGACCGGAUAGAUUGGACGGGCAAGUUAGGUUCAUGAAUCAUGCAGAAUUUUUGUGUCAAACUUCUAAUUAUGCGAUAGAAAUCAACUUAAACUGAACUAUACUAUAAAAUAUGAUCUUAUUUCAAAUCCA